AUGAAAGAUACUGCCGGUAUUUUGGAGCUUCCAAUUGACGAUCUGUUGGCUAAACGAUAUGAGAAGAGAAUGAGGAUGACUGUCCAAUCGAGAUUUCUCGGGAUGACUCGCUCGUCAAGAAGUGCGGCACUGUCAGCUGGUGGUUCGGUCUGUUCUUUGGAUUCCCGAGAUUCUUUUUUGGAUUUGUCGGAAAAUGAAACGGAUGACUCGGAUGCGGCCAGCAACAGGUCUUCGCCCAUCGAAACUGAAGACGACGAUACUUUCAAUUUUCCUGAGUUAAAUCCGAAUCUUUUGGCAAAAAUUGAAGCCGCGAAACAACGUUGGAGAGUAUUUUUUGAUUCCCGUCGGUGGAACCCGUUAUCCGAAGACGAAAUUUCAGAUCGUGCCUGUGAAGAUUUCCCUUCAGAUGACGAUUACGCUCCGUCUUCCUGUUGCGACGAUUCGGAUUUCAGUAGCAUUGAAAACCAAGCAGAUGAGAGUGAAACAGAUGGCCGAUCGGAAACAUAUUUUGACUCUUCCCUUUAUCUUGCAUCAGAAGACUAUUCCGAUGCGCCGAGUCCUCCAGCUUCCUCGUUUUCGAGUGUGUCUACCCCUUUGUUGCAGUUUUCAGGUGCGCCAAGCCAACCGAAGGAAGUUAUUCGGAACGAAGAUCGUUAUCCUCUCAUGGAACUCGUCAGUUUCAGCGUUCGUAGCAAUAGCUCAACAGAUGACAUUGCCGAGAAUAUCAAUCGAGUUAUAAAAAAGCUCGAUGUUGACAUGUAUUGCGCUAAUACUGCCAUGAAGCCCAGCAGUAUGGAACAAGAAGAAGAGGAGUAUGUGGUCGAAGAAGAAAUCGAAAUCCCUCAAGAAACAUUAGUCAAAAGAACUAGCCAGAAUUACAGCGCAACAUCUGGUAUUCAGCUAAGCAGCUACGCGUGUGUAUUGGAAGAAAACACCGACCGUCCAGAGCUGUCUUUCGGUUCUAAUCUAAACAGAAGCUUUUCUCGGGAUUUCGGGGCUUCAAGUCCUGACAUGUUCGCUUCGUGCAGUGAAGGCGAAGAAGAAAAAAUCGACUCAGCUGUUCAUCAACGAAAACCACCCAAUCCGCAUUUUUCAGCUCCACUGCCAAUAGCUGGUUCUACGUCUAAACUAGUACACAAGGCAAAGAGCACUAACGAUUCCAAUUCUUCGCAAUUGGGAAGACUACAGCCAAAAAAAAUUUUUGACUAAAACCAGAGAAAAGUCUUUGUCGGAUAGCUCUUCGUCGAAAAAUGGUAAAAGGGAUACCACGCAAAGUAGUAACCGCAAAUCUUCCAUUUUAGGCGGAUGGAAGGUUUUGGAGGAAAGUGCGCAAGAAGAAUCGCGGACAUUACAAGAUGUUUUUUGCCUUCAACUUCUAGUUCGAAGCGUUUGCCUACGCCAGGACCCGUCACACAUAGCAAAGCGUCACGUACCCAUUCUGACAUUACAAAUCCAGAAGUUGAAGCAAUGCCAGAAACUGUUAAUACUGUUCGCAAAAAGGAAACGACAAAUUGGUAAUGCCAAAAAGUGGAUUCAGUUUCUGCUCUCCAGGAAAUAUCUGUGAGUGAGACGAACCGUGUUGCUGAUGUUGAAACUACGGAAGUGCUCUUACCUUCUGCACAGGAACCUUCUAAGCCAAAGCCGAAAAAAUCUCGUAUCGAAUCGACAGCGAGGAAAUGUCACACUCGAGUAAGAGAUCCCAAUUUUAUAUCGGAAUCUGACAACGAAUCACGCGUUUCAGCUUCAAAAGCCCUACCGCGUAAGAAAGCACCAGUCAAAAGCAAGGUUGCUGAUACUGUUUCUCUCGAAGAAAAUACAACGGCAAAGUGUUCCUCUGAAAAUUUUCCUGCAAAGAAAACACAAUCUACCGGCAAAAAAUCAAAAACAAAGAAAUCGACAAAAACCAUUUCUAACGGAAAAAAAGAGCUACCCACUUCAAACGAAUUGAAUUCCUCAGAUUCUGUAUCUGCUGAUGCACUUAUCGAAAAAAUCCUUGCUGAAUCUAGAAGUUUCACUUCUAUGGCAACGCCUGGUACAGAAAAGCCAAAGGCGAAAGUAACUCGACGCAAAUUGUCUACGGAUUCACGCCCGUCAAAAAAAGCAAAAAUUUCCGAAGAGCCAAUAGAUGUCGCACUUUCCGUCGAAGAAAUUAUGUUGAAAUAUUCUGGCGAUGACAGCACGGAGGGUAAAUCGAAAGAUAUAACCUCUACGAAACGUUCAAAAUUCAAAGCUGGGUCAAAGCCUCUUGGCGAGUCAUCCGCGAUGGACAAGAAAUCAUCGCCAAAGAAGAACAUCAAGGUAAACAAAUCGAAGGAAAACAGAAGCAAAACAAAAUCGUCGGAAAACGGCGACAUUGAUGUACCUAAUCCGGAAGCUACCAUGAAGACCUCAGCAACAGCGAAAAAGAAGAGUGCAAAGAAAAUGACUUCGGUUGCUCAGGAGUCAUUUUCGGAAGAAUUCGAUCCACUGAGUUUCGUAGAAGAACUCCUGCAUGAGAGCCAUGGUGCUUCCCGGAAUUCCAUGCCACCUACCUCACCGCCUAAAGGGAAACCUGUAAAGGGACAGAAAGCAUCAGUUCAAGAACCUAAAUCUGUAGCUAAACGGCCAUCUAAACAACGGAAAGCUCUUUCAUAGUUGCUAAAAUACGUUCGUUAAAUAUUUUUAUUUAGAAGUAACUUAAGAAAAAACUAAAAAACUCCAUUAAACAAAAUGAUAAUUUCCCGAAAACAAUUUUCUGCUGAAAAACGGAAUAUUUGCUCAAAUCUGUGGUAAUCCGAGUGGAAUCACAUUGCUAUGAAUAUAUAUACAUUUCGUUAUA